UGGCCAUUUGCAGUACUGCAAGGAUUUCUAUCUGUAGGUUUAGCUCUACCGUCUGAAGCCUCAUUGUUCCACAAAUAUAAUAGAAGGCUCAUUUUCUUACUCAUCCCUGUCUGGUAACAUAUACGCACUUCUUACUUUUUUCUGUGUUGUUUAAGAUGCCUUUCCUUUCAGAUCCUCCAAAUAACACGUCAGUGAGCUACUCUGGUCCUGUGAAAGAGGGAAACCUCACAACUCUCACCUGCAACUCUGAUGCAAACCCGGCUGUGGACAGUUACUCCUGGUUCAAAGUCAGUGGAGAUGAUGAGGUCUCAAUGGGAUUUAAAAAGAUGCUGUCAACCCCAGUCACAGAAGUGGACAGACAGUUUUACUGCCGGGCCAGUAACAAACAUGGAUCCCAGAACUCCUCCAUCACUUAUAUAGAUGUGCACUUUUCUCCAAAGGAAACAGCCGUAAUCGUGGACCCCAGCGGUCCAAUCCUGGAGGACAGCUCGGUUUCUCUGUCCUGCAGCAGCCGUUCAAACCCACCAGUGACCAACUACACCUGGUACAGAGAUGACGAGGUGGACCAAGAGACCGGACCGAUCAUGAAGAUUGAAGAUAUCAAUCCCAGCUUUAGUGGGGAUUAUCACUGCACUGCAGAGAACAGCCUCGGAGAGGAAACGUCUGCAAAGGCCCAUCUGGAUGUUCAGUUUCCACCCAAGAACACCUCGGUGUCAGCUGACCCCUCUGGUACAGUUCUGGACGGCAGCUCUUUGACUCUGACCUGCACCACCAUUGCUAAUCCAGAUGUGGUGAACAUCACCUGGUUCCGAGCGGCAGGGAGAAAGAAGGAGGUGGUCGGAUCUGAGCAAGACUUUACUUUUAAUGUGUCAAAACUCUCUGAAGAUUUUUACUUCUGUGAAGCUGCUAAUAUUCAUGGGUCUGAAUUCUCAGAACCUGCAAGAAUCGAUGUUUCAUUUGCUGCAGAGAUACUGUCUUCUUCUCGCUGCGUCAAAGUUUUAUCGCAGACCCGAUGUUCUUGUGACAGCCAGGGAAACCCGCUUCCUUCUGUGUUUUGGGAGCUGGCAGGAGAACUGGUCAAUCAUUCUGCUGACAUCCCAAUCCGGGAGAUAAUCCUGGGAAGUGGGAUCAUUCGGAGCCAAAUCACUCUGUAUCGCCUGGAUGAAUCUGUACCGUCUCUAGUGUGUAACAGCAGCAACUCCUUGGGGUCCGACAGUCUGGCCCUCAAUGUGUCUUCUAGUGAAAUCCAGCUAGGUCUCCAUCCUCUGUCUUUGCUGAUUGGCUGUGCAGCUGGAGCGUUGGGGAUGAUGCUGAUUUGCAUCCCAUUGCUGGUUUAUGUUUGCAGGAAAAGAAAAGGCAGCUUUUCAGUCAACAAACACCUAGAGGAGCACUUAGGACUUUUAGUCGUCGGUGAUACCAGCUCUCUACGUUCCACUAAAACUGCUGUGGAGAAGAACAACACUAGAAAAACAGAAUCUCUGAAUUACGUCCAUGUGGAGUUUGCUUUACCCCAGGUCAGAUCAGAGGAUGAUCUCAAAGAUGUGGAGAUCAAAGAAGUGGCACCAACUGAGAUCUGCAGAGAAAAUAGCGAAACAAAUGUAAAAGAUAAAGAGAAAGUGACAUAAAUGAAUAAGGAACAGGUUUAUGGUCCUGAUUUUUCCUACAGCAGGCUUGUGAGGGUUAAUAAAAUAUGAUACAGUGAUCUCAUGAAUUAACACAUUUUUAACAAAAUUGUCCUCCAGUAGUGUAUAUAUUUUUAAAAAUAUGCCGUAAACGUAGGCCAUGACCACCCAAGUCACACACAUAAAACUGAGAGUCCAGCUUUUUUGCUUUUUUUUUAACAUUGUCAAAAAAUUAUUUUUAAUGAAGUCUUUGUAACAUUAUCAAUGCUAACAUGAAAUAACCUGUUGUCCCCUUCUGUCUAAAAGUUUAUUUAAUAAAACUUUAUUGCAAAUAAAAAAACAAGACAUUUUAAUUUAAACUGUGUUUAUUUCAAAUUUGAAUGUUGUUUUUGAAAGAUGAGGAAUUAUUUUACACUGCAGACUGUUUAUGAUUGAUCCACAUACAUGAUGUAGAUAUACUAAAGUUUUAUUUUAUGGAUAUGAACUUAAAAUGGUCAAACAUUGUUUUCAUACAAACUUCAAUAAUUUAUGAACUUACUUUUAACAGUGAGGCGAACUCUCUUGAUCAAAUAUUUGUCCUUGUUAUCUGUUGUUUGACAGGAAAACUCUCGCCCGUCGUCCCUCCAACUGGCAGGAAAACUGUAUGAAAUGCUCUUAGCUUGUCCAGAACUCUGGGAGAGUUUUCCAGGUGAAGAGUCGAUUCUUAGGUUUGAAGGACAUGUUUGUAGCGUGGAGCAUGUGAGCGUGACCUUUUCAGAGUCCAACACUUCAGGUGGCUCUUCAAACGUGAUUGGACACGGAUUAUCUAAGAAACAGGAAGUAGAUGACAAAAAGUAUAUUAAAAUGUUUUUUUAUGGCCCGCAGUAGCAAUCACUGACUGCAAGUACAGUCAGCGAUUUUGUUUUAAUGAAUUUUAUAUGUGUAGCUAAUGUCAAAAAGGGAAACUCAAAUAAUAAACAGAUUUAGUACGCACAAAGAUCCUGUGAACUUGAUUAGGAUUAUAACAAAAUGCUGAAGACAAAGAAAACAAAUCAGCAUAUCAGUGUAAAAAGACCUUAUAAAAAAAAACAAAAAAAACUUUCCUGAUUUGAAUACUAUAGUUUUUAGACCAGAGCUUUGCAAAAAAUGGGGUGGAAUAAGAUUUAAUUUGUCUGUAAUAAAACAAUUUAUUUUGCCUUUCUUUCUGCUAAAGUUAGCUUUAAGCAAAAAAGUUCUGUUUGAAAUUUUUACAUGUUUUUCUUGAUUCUAUCAUCAAUAGAACAUUUCGAUUGUUCUUCACAAUUUUGAAAACUUUUAUAAUAAAAUUUGAAAAAUUCUAAACUUUAAUAUCUGAUAACAAAUACUGCUGUUUUGAAAUUAGUACAGAAGAAACAAUUAUUUUUUUUAAUUCAUCAAAUUUGUCUUAUAGUAUGACUCUUAAGUAAAUUUAAUGUUUCUGUAAAUUUUAAAUUAUUUUGUUUCUAUAAAUUUAGUAAAAAUGGUAUACUUGAGGUUUAAUUUAUGAAAGUUCACUAGUAUAGUCCCUGUAUGUUUAGUAUAGGACGUAUACAAACUGAAUAUUUCCUCAGAUUAAAUUGGAACAUUUGAAUUUACACUACACGUAUAGUAUAUAAAAAGUAAGAUUCUCAAUUUUGUCGCGUUAACUCAAAAUACAUUUGACGCUAUCAAUUUUUUUGACUUUUUUUUGGCACUUGUGUCCUUCCAUAUAUCCACUCAGAAGGCAGAAACGGAUGCUGAGAGGGGACUCCUAAAUAACAAGUCCCUUUUUAAGACCAUGCCAGGUGGCUCUGUGGACAAAACUAAAAUGAUCUGUAGUUGUUCCCGGUGUGAGAUGACUUAUCAUCACAACAGAUCAAGUUUUAAGUAGCACCUUCUAGCCAAACACACCGCUCCCCCAUGCAAAGCAGAUGACGCUGGAUAGUUUGCAGCAUAAACGUCUGACCACCUCAACAACUUGCAAGCUUUCAGGGGCCGUAGCUUAAUGCAUAGCUACAGCUUGCAGACUAAUUGAUAACCCAAUCCAUGUUUCAGCAUGUUUUUUUUUAAAUUCUGAAAUCUUGUCUGAAUUGUUGCAAAAGUAAAGUAUUUGUAAUUAGAACAAUGCUUUUCUGCCAUUUUUGUUCUCAUAAACAAUGCAAAACUGCUAAAUAUUAUUAAGUACACAUUAGUUUUUCUACAAAAAAUUAACCCAUCAAUAUACAAUUAAUUGUGACUCAACUAUGGACCAUCAUGGAAUUAUUUGCACCUAAAAACUUUAUUUGCACUAAUAAAAACAAAACUUUGAAUAUACUGGGUCAUUUUCAAGUAUACUUAUAGUACAAUUAAAUAGACACAUUUUUACUGUGGGAUUGACCUAUAGUCAAUCUUAAACUUGAAUUGUUAUUUGCAUUUAAAAGAAAUGUUACAGUAAAAUUUCAGCUUAAAUUUUUAGUUUAUUCAAUAUUUAAAAUAUAUUUUACACUUACCAACAACUGUUAGAUUUGCUGCAGGGUUUGUUAUCCAUUUUACAUUUUCAGAUUUCCUGAAGAAUUUCAUCAAAUAGCUUCCACUGUCAUUUAUUGUUAGUCCACAGAUCAAAAUGUUGCAGAGCUGUUCUGGUCGGCUUGUUUUCUGACUUGUAAGUAAAAAAAUCAGAGACGUUGUUGAAGAGUGAACUGACAGGCCACUUUGAUUGAUCGGUACUGUGAAUAACAGUUCCAGUAAAGCUGUGUUCUCCAGUCCAGAUUUCAUCCUUCAACCAAAACCAGUCCGCUCCUUCCACAGAAAUAUCUGCACUUUUGGGUUUACAUUUGAUGUGAACGCAAGAAUCUUUCACAGCUUCUCUAAAACAAAAGGAUGGUCUUGAUAUAAAAACACAUCGGUAGAAUGAAAACGGUAUCAUUAAUAUGUAAACUUCAACACAAAUAAUAUAGAAUUGAACCUUAAAUGGAGGUAAUAGAGGAAAAAAAAACAACGUACUUUUCACAAUAGAAAGAAACACCGACCACCAAAACAUGUGAGCAUUUAUUUUCAAGCUGGACAAAAACAAAAAUUGUGUUUGUAAAACUCUGACUAUUAAAAAUAUUCCUGUGCAUUCUUUAAAUACUACUUCAUAACAAUUUAAUUUUCAACUAUAAAAAAAUAAGAAGCUAAAUCAACUAAAACAAUUUAAAAGUGCAGAACUGUGAGCUUACCGGUACUAAAAAAAGAUCCAAACCACACUGGAGGAAGGCUUGGACACACCACAUGCAGAACAGACAAACCACCACUCAGUUCACCAUCAGAUGCUCCAGACAGCUGGAACAAGAAAAACAAUCAGUAAAAAGAACAUAAAAGUCAAAAGAAAACAAUACAACCUAUAAACAGAAGUUAAACUUGAAGUUGCUUUGCCAAAAAAAAAAAAAUGCUCAAUUUUAUCUUCAGGGCUCCACAAUUUAACAACAAAUUGCCUUAAAAAAAAAGAGUGCAACAAAAUCUGUCAAAGUGGUCCAGCAGAAAUGUGGUUCUGCUCACUCCAACAGACACAGAUCUAUAAGUAGCACUAAUGUAGAUCUAUGUCUGUGCUGGCCUUGUAUCACAUCACUGGAUGUCAGCUUCUACAUUUCAUUGCAGACAAACUAUUCUGUAGAUUUCUAGACUUCCUCUUUAUCCCUUCUCUUUGCCAGUAAUUGAAGUGUGCAUAAUCCUAAAAUAUUCAAGUUAAAAAAAAUCCAAAAAGUAUUUAAAUUCCUCUGGAGGAACCCAUAUUUGUUGAGUAGAGAACAUCAACAAUUUCCAUACAUGCAGCAGAAACAAGGCUUUCUUCGUCUGCAUCAAUGUUUAAAUGAACAUAGGAUUUGGAAUGUGUUUUGCAAAGAAAAUACAUUACCUGAGACUAUUUACUUGACCUGUUUCUAGACAAAAUCAAACAUUUUGUUAGUACACCCCUGCAUCUUUAUUCCAACAUUUGCUAUUUUUUAAUACUAGUUUUUUACAUUUUAAUUUAAAAUUAUUUAAGAAUGUAAGAACCUUUAUCAACUACAGCAAUUUGAUAGCGCAGGAGUGGCAAUUCACCAAAAUCAAAUCAAAACCAGCCAGAGUGCACAACAUGCGGAACAGAAAAAUUCACUCCACUAUCUGAUGCUUCAAACUCCUGGAACACGAAAAAGAAUGAUUACCUGAAAAGAAACAAAUCCCACUUAAACAAAAAACAUACUAAAAACUAAUUAUAAAUCUGAAGUUGCACUGUUUUGCCAAAAACAAAAGUUCACAUUGCAUCCUACCUUCUGGGCUGCUUUCCCUAGAACAACAAAUUUCCAAAUAUAAUUUGACAAAAUAAUAUUUUUAAUUGAGCAAUAAAAUCCACAAUAGUGUAAUUGACACCGCUGUGGGCUAGCAGGACCGCCGCACACAAUCCAGUAAGUGAAGACAGUGAAGUUGGCGCGUUCCAACAAGCCGCACCUGCGUGGAUCUGUGCCCAUGCCAGCCGUGUUAUAUCAUGUCACUGGAGGUGGGCGAGGCCUACCAGACACAAUACGCUUCAGAGCAAAUAAAACAUUCAGUAGAUUUCUUGUCUUCUCCCCUGUCCUUUCUCUUUGCCAGUAAUUUAAGUGUGCAUUUUCCAAAAAUGUUAAAGUUUAAAAUCACAAAAGUAUUUUAAUCUCUUUGUGUGAACCAAUACUUACUGAGUAGAGACCAUUACA